CGCUGCCGCUGCCCGUAGGUGGUUGUGGCCACCGAGCCCAGAAGGAGGCGGCGGCGGCGAAUGAUGCCUGGGAAACUCCUCUGGGGGGACAUUAUGGAGCUGGAGGCACCCUUGGAGGAGACCGAGAGCCAAAGGAAGGAGAGGCAAAAGAGUUCAGAGAGGAAGCAUGAUGUGAAAAGAGCAUGGGCUUUCAAAUCAGACAGAGCUUGAUUUCUAGAACUUCCACUUGAAGGAAAUCCUGCAUGUGAGUCUUUGGCAAGUUAUUUACCUCUAAGAACUUCCGUUUCCUCAUCUGUACUAUGGCAAAGAGCUUUAUGGAUAUCGGAAUUUCGGAUAAGGGAUUAUGGACCUGUACUUCCCUUAUAGGGUUGUUAUGAAGAUUUAAACAAGAUAAGCCGAAAGCAUUACACAGUGCUGGAGUGAUAGAAGGAAAUCAAGGCACCAUUAUGACUCAGACGAGAAACCAGAAACAAGAGAAAAUGGUGUGGCAGAUAACUUGGAUGCUCCCAAGCCCAAAAAAGCUAAAAUGAAAGAGAAGCUAAAUGGAGACACUGAAGAAGGAUGUAAUAAUAGACUUUCAGAUGAAUUUUCUAAAUCUCAUAAGUCAAGAAGAAAAGAUCUGUCAAAUGGAGAUAUUGAUGAAUAUGAAAAAAAAUCAAAGCGAGUGUCAUCCUUAGAUAGUUCUACUCAUAAAUCAAGUGAUAAUAAACUAGAGGAGAGCCUAACACGUGAACAGAAAGAAGGAGCCUUCUCCAAUUUCCCUAUUUCUGAAGAAACUAUAAAGCUUCUAAAAGGUCGAGGGGUAACAUAUCUCUUUCCUAUUCAAGUUAAGACCUUUGGUCCUGUAUAUGAAGGAAAAGAUUUAAUUGCUCAAGCACGGACAGGAACAGGAAAGACAUUUUCUUUUGCUAUCCCCUUGAUUGAAAGACUCCAAAGAAAUCAAGAGACAAUUAAAAAAAGCCGCUCACCAAAGGUACUUGUUUUGGCUCCUACAAGGGAACUGGCAAACCAAGUAGCCAAAGACUUCAAAGAUAUCACUAGGAAACUCAGUGUGGCGUGUUUUUAUGGUGGAACAUCCUAUCAAAGCCAAAUUAAUCAUAUUCGAAAUGGUAUUGACAUCUUGGUUGGGACUCCUGGUCGUAUCAAAGACCAUCUGCAGAGUGGCCGAUUAGAUCUUUCUAAACUGCGCCAUGUUGUACUUGAUGAAGUGGAUCAAAUGUUAGAUUUAGGAUUUGCUGAACAAGUUGAAGAUAUCAUCCAUGAAUCCUACAAAACUGAUUCUGAAGACAAUCCUCAGACUUUACUUUUUUCUGCAACUUGCCCACAAUGGGUAUACAAAGUUGCAAAAAAAUACAUGAAAUCCAGAUAUGAACAGGUUGACCUUGUUGGAAAAAUGACUCAAAAGGCUGCAACUACUGUGGAACAUUUGGCCAUCCAGUGCCAUUGGUCUCAGAGGCCAGCAGUUAUUGGAGAUGUCCUUCAAGUCUACAGUGGGUCUGAAGGGAGGGCUAUUAUUUUCUGUGAGACCAAAAAGAAUGUAACUGAAAUGGCCAUGAAUCCACACAUAAAACAGAAUGCCCAGUGUUUACAUGGGGACAUAGCACAGUCACAAAGAGAAAUUACCCUGAAAGGCUUCAGAGAAGGUAGUUUUAAAGUUUUGGUGGCAACCAAUGUGGCUGCCCGUGGUUUGGACAUACCUGAGGUGGACCUGGUGAUUCAAAGUUCUCCUCCCCAGGAUGUUGAGUCCUAUAUUCAUCGUUCUGGACGCACAGGUAGAGCUGGCCGGACAGGGAUUUGCAUAUGUUUUUAUCAACCAAGAGAAAGAGGUCAACUACGAUAUGUGGAACAAAAAGCAGGAAUUACUUUUAAACGUGUAGGUGUUCCUUCUACAAUGGAUUUAGUUAAAUCUAAAAGCAUGGAUGCCAUCAGGUCUCUGGCUUCCGUUUCUUAUGCUGCUGUUGAUUUUUUCCGACCAUCAGCUCAGAGAUUGAUUGAAGAGAAAGGGGCAGUUGAUGCAUUGGCUGCAGCAUUAGCCCACAUCUCUGGUGCAUCAAGUUUUGAACCACGAUCUUUGAUCACCUCUGAUAAGGGGUUUGUGACCAUGACUCUGGAAAGCCCAGAAGAAAUACAAGAUGUCAGUUGUGCUUGGAAAGAACUUAACAGAAAGCUGAGUAGUAAUGCUGUCUCCCAAAUUACCAGAAUGUGCCUCCUAAAAGGAAAUAUGGGUGUUUGCUUUGACGUUCCUACAACUGAGUCAGAAAGGUUACAGGCAGAGUGGCAUGAUUCAGACUGGAUACUUUCAUUGCCAGCCAAGUUACCUGAAAUUGAAGAAUAUUAUGAUGGAAACACAUCUUCUAACUCCAGGCAGAGGAGUGGCUGGUCAAGUGGCCGGUCUGGCCGAUCUGGCCGGUCAGGUGGUCGAUCUGGUGGCCGGUCAGGUAGACAGAGUCGACAGGGGAGUCGGUCAGGAAGUCGACAAGAUGGUAGAAGACGAAGUGGGAAUAGAAAUCGAUCAAGAAGCGGGGGCCACAAACGGAGUUUUGACUGAGUAUUUGAUAGUUAAUCUACCAGUGUGAGCUUGCCUAUUUCUGCCUAAUCAUGUACAUUAUCCACCAAAAAUUAGGUCAUCAUAGUUGAGGUAUGUGUCUGCUCUUUGCAAAGAAGUUGGUCAUAUUUUUUUAAAAAGUGUUUCACAAGAAUGGUUGUAAACAAAUCUACUUAUCCAGUUAUACCUUUGAAUAAAAAAACCUCCUUUUAUUGUCUCUUUUCA